GGGGCCGGGAAACAGAAACCGAAGCGGCGGCUCCUCCCCGCGGGGGCCGGGCCGGAGGGGGAGGAACCGGGAGAGGCGCCGGCGGAGUCCACCCAGAUGAACGACACCCCAGGCCCCGAAAUGCCCCCGCAGCCCCCGCCGGAUGCCUCGCCGGGCUCCCCGGACCGGGGCGAUGUCUCGGUCGUGAUCGUGGGGGCGCCGGGCUGUGGCAAGUCAGCUCUGCUCAACGCCGCGCGGGACCUGGCGGAGGAUGAUGCCCGCGCGGCCCCGCUGGGGGCCCUGGCUAGCUCUGGGGGGCCUGUGCUGUACCCCGAUCCGGCCCGGCCCAACCUGCUGCUCUGGGAGCUGGCCCUGACGGAGGGCGAGGGGCCGGCACGCUGGCUGGCCGAGGGGGAUGUGGUGCUCCUGGCCACCGACGGGCUAUUUGGUGCCAGCCACGCCCGCCUGGCCCAGGAGGCCCGCGGCGCCUGCAAGACGGUGCAUUUCGCCCGCACCAAGGCCGACCUGGACCUGCACACCCUCCGGCGGCUCCUGGGCGAGCGCUACGACCGGACCCAGGCCCUCGACGCCCUCCGGGCCGCCUGCGUCCAGUCCCUGGCAGCCCAUGGCCUCGGGGAGCCCCCGCCCGUUGUCUUCCUCAUCUCCGGCCACGAGCCCCAGGAGCUGGACGGGCCCCUGCUGCGCCAGGCUCUGGUGGGAGAUGUCAGGGUGUACGAGAGGGUGCUGCGCCCGGCGCUCUCUGGCUUUGAGCUCAUCAGCGAGCGGGAGGUGGCUGAGAUCCAGGAGGCCUACGAGCUGGGCGGCCUGGCGGAGGUGGUGACCCGGGUCCAGUGCAGCCUGGAGACCCUCUGGAACGCCCGGCUGGAUGUGGCCGUCACCGGGGAGUCGGGGGCUGGCAAGUCCACCUUCGUCAAUGCCCUGCGAGGCCUGAGCGACGAGGACGAGGGGGCGGCCCAGACCGGCGUGACCGAGACCACGGCCCAGCCCACGGCCUACCCCUACCCCGGCUACCCCAAUGUGACACUGUGGGACCUGCCGGGCAUCGGCACACCCAGCUUCCGGGCCAACCACUACCUCGAGGCCGUGGAUUUCACUCGCUACGACUUCUUCAUCAUCCUGGCCUCGGAGCGGUUUAAGGAGAACCACGUCCGCCUGGCCCGGGCCAUCGUGGAGCAAGGGAAACGCUUCUACUUCGUGCGUGCCAAGGUGGACAACGACCUGGAGGCCACGCGGAGGAGGAAGGACCCGCCCGAGGAAGAGGAGGUGCUGGAGGAGAUCAGGAGGGACUGCCGGGAACGGCUGGGCCAGGCUGGGCUGGGCGACACCAAGGUCUUCCUGCUCAGCAGUUUUGAGAUAGAGAAAUACGACUUCCAGGCCUUCGAGGAGACCUUGGAGCGAGAGCUGCCGGGGCACAAGCGUCACGCCUUCCUCCUCUCCCUGCCCAACCUCUCGCGGGCCAUCAUCGAGAAGAAGCAGCAGCUGCUCCACCAGGAGGUCUGGAAGGUGGCCUUGGUCUCCAGCCUGGUGGCUGCCGUGCCCUUGCCGGGUCUGGCCUUCACCUGCGACGUCUCCAUCCUGCUGAGGAAGCUGGCCGCCUACCGGCAGGAUUUUGGGCUGGACGCGGCCUCCCUGGCCCGGCUGGCGGAGAGGGCCGGGAAGCCGCUGGAGGUGCUGCGGGCCGAGGUGCGCAGCGUGCUCGGGCGCAGCAUCAACAAGGAGGUGGUGAUCGGGCUGCUGGGGAAGGCCACCGGCGGGGGCUUGGUGGUGGUCAACCUCUUCUUCCACCGGAUCCCCAUCUACGGGGCGCUGGCCUCCGGGGGCAUCUCCUUCCACACCACCUACUCCAUGCUCAGCCAGUGCCUGGAGGAGCUGGCGGCCGACUCCCAGCGGGUUCUCAUCAAGGCCUUCGACAGCGAGGUCUGAGGGGGCUUCCAGCCACGCGAGGGGAUCCCCUCCCGCAGCGAAGGCACAACGGCCGUGUUAUUGUAGGGUCUCCCGGGCAAGUAGGGGCCGCGUGCAUUGCUUGGUUAUUGUAGGGUCUCCUGAAAGGGGCCUGCACUCCCUGUCCUCUGCCCCCCACCCCGUAUUCCCAUGGCUACCGUCUCAGCACAGCCACCCUUAUAGCAACCCCCCUGCUGGGGCAAUCGGCCAUAGCUCCACUGCAGUCGAUGGGGGCAGAUCCCAAGCUGGCCCCGAUGCCCCAGUGCGGCGCUCGGAGGCGCUGUGCUGCAGGGGGCAGGGUUGGGGGGCAAUUCUCCUUGCAGUUCUCCCCCCACAGUCCCUGAAAUACCCGAGGUUGCUAACACAGACCCUGUCCCACCCCUGCCCCAUGGUGGCUCCGGCUCAUACAGGGAUCUUGGCGUGACGCAGGCCCACGGGCGAGGCCUCUCUCAGUCCGCGGGUGGGUCUGAGCUGGCUUGUGGGGCUUGGGUCCAGCCCUGUUCCCUGGCUUUUGGGGGGGAGCACUGAAAUGCAGGGAGGCCCGUUCUGCAGGGGGCCCCUGAUAGUCCUCAAAAGGGGCAACGUGUGUGUGUGUGUGUGUGUGUGGAGGAGGUGUCCCUCCACAGCUCUGCUAAGAACGCCCGUAUGGGUUUGUACAGCACCUAGCGCUACUGUAACACACCUAAUAAAUAGCAAUCGUGAUGUACCACA